AAUUUGUGCGUCGCCAGGGAGUAAAAGAAGAGGUGCAGGAAUUGUUUAGGAGGGGAGUACAGGAGCUUCGGAAGAGUUUUAAGAGGCCAUGAUUCAUGAUCACUUGCGUUUGUCAUGAGCGUUUGGCCUUGCAUGGCAAAAGUUUCUAUACUUACUUUUGUAGAGUGGACUCAUGAGAAAGUGUAUUGUUCAUGCAGCCUUCACACUUGCAUGUUUACUUGCAUUAUGGCUCAAAGGCCAACUGAUAUUCGGGCACAAGUGCCCACACCAUCUGCUAGAAUUCCCUGCGAGUGAUUGCAGAGCCCUCCGAGCAGGGAAAUGGCUGAGACUUCCAAUGUUGUUCAUCACAUUGCCUCCGCAUUCUCCUUGGGAGAUCAUCAUGCCAUCCUAGAUGUCCGCCGGCAAGAAGUUUAUCACUACACUUCGGCAUGGACAUGGGGCCUUUGCCGAGUGAGACGGCAAUCGCUCCAGCAGUACAGGCAGCGCUAUCCUGGCUGGCGUGUGGUGGCCGUUGCAUCAACCCCCCAGCACUGUAGAGAAAUACUUGAGAGAGCCAGAUCUAUGGUAGAUCAAGACAAAUCAUACAAUCCAUUCUGGAACAACUGCGAGCACUUUGCAAGGCGUUGCUUUGAAGAGAAGGAUUGGAGUGAACAGGCUGAGAACGUUAUCAAUGGCCUUGAAGAUGCGGCAAAGGAUGCGGUAAAGACAGCGGCAGUUAACAUGGCAUCUGAGAUGACACAUCACGGCACCGCAACUGCUGGAAGUGCCACAGCUAGUGCAAGUACGGGCGCAGCGGCAGGCAGUGCAGGUACGGGUAUUGGUGCUGCUGCCACUGCUGGUGCAAGUGUGGCUUCGGCUGGAAGUGCCAAUGCUGUUGCUGGGGCUGCAAGUACCAAUGCUGUGGCUGGAAGUGUUAGUGCCACUGCUGGUGCAAGUGUGACUUCGGCUGGAAGUGCCAAUGCUGUUGCUGGGGCUGCAAGUACCAGUGCUGUGGGUGCCACUGGUGCAAGUGUGGCUUCGGCUGGAAGUGCCAAGGCUGUUGCUGGGGCUGCAAGUACCAGUGCUGUGGCUGGAAGUGUUAGUGCCACUGCUGGUGCAAGUGUGGCUUCGGCUGGAAGUGCCAAUGCUGUUGCUGGGGCUGCAAGUGCGGGUGCGGGUGCUGCUGCUGGAGGUGCGGGUGCUGCUGCUGGGAGCACGGGUGCGGCUGCAGGAGUCGCGGGAGCAUCCAGCACAAGUCCAGCCACUGUGGCCAUUGUGACAGUGAAAGUCGCCAUGGCACAAUUCUGCGUGGCGUUGGCCACCAAGGCCGUAUUCCACCUUUGGUGCCAAUACGGAAAGCAGAAGGUUGAAGCUCGAACGCCCAUCCGCAUCCGAAACCAGAGCACAGAAGUGAUCCAAGUGACCUUGAGAACCAUCGCCUUUUGGGACACUUUGCACAACACAGUCCAUCGGCUUCGGGCACAGGCCGGGGUUGGCAAGAUCAAAGCAGAGAUUGCGGCCGGCACAGAAGAGUUCCUUUAUCCCCCCUGUGAGGAGUGGUUCGAGGAUUUUUCCUUGACAGUCAAGUGCGCAGGCCAGCUACGAGAUGUGUUCCAAGUUCAACGCGGCACUGAGCUGGUGUAUCCAAGGUCAACGCGGCAUUGAGCUGGUGUAUGAUGGACCUGGGGAAAUCUGAUUAAGUUCGUGUGCCCCCCGUGGCAUCACUGUUCGGAUUUUUGGAACAUGGCAGUGGCUGAAAAGCGGUGCUUGGUUUCCCGAAACAUUGGAAAUCGCACAAGGAUGCACAAUCUGAGAAGCAUAAGGGUUCUUCCCAGGUAUGCCGGAAAGCAUGUCAAUCAGCACCCCAAAGAAAUGACAAAAAUUCAGCAAACAACCAACAAAGAAUGUCCCUCCAUUCCUAAUUACUGACCUGCUGCUUCAAGUGGCGCAGGAUUUUCAAUUCUUCCAUCAACGGUGAUCGGCCGCAACUGCGGUGCCAGAGGCAGUCGCAGCGACGCUGCUGGCGAUUUGCUUCGAGGCGUGCACAACCAACAACUGCAUGAAAUCUCAAAAGGACAGGAGCGCCUGGACUGCCUGGACUCAGCCCACGUAUCGCUUCAUUCCGUGGAAAUUGGCAAUGAUGGCACGCCAUUUUGCUUCUUGCAUGUCUUUGCUGGAUGAGCCAACUGCCCGUAUGGAAUCUUUAGUUUUAUGGUGGCCAAUUAGCUGAAGAAUUCUAUUGCAGGAAA